CAGUCUUUUCACUUCAGUAAAUUUAUCGCUAGGAGUGAAAUCGCACUGACAGUAGACAGCUGUGAAUUAAGUGCAUGUGCCCUCUGUUUAUUUGGAAGGUUUAACAUUUAUUAAUGAACGAUACAACUUUUUAGAUAAUUCAAAAAAUGACUAAACUUUUUUCUGUGAUCUUUCCCGGGUUGUGAUAAAUUAGAAACAGCUUUUAUAAAAUAAGUGAGUUUUCUAAGGCCCAUGGUGAUUGACCUCCCAUAAAUUGUACGUAGAAUAGCAAUGAAAGAAAAUAAAUGAAAGAUCCAGAGCAACUGCUCAAAAUGACUGGCAACGGAGGAACUACACCAACUGCAGCCUCCGGAACUGACACAAGCCAUGGAGCCUCGACGUCCAGCUCCUCCGCACAAGGGGGGCACUGUAAGGGGCACCGUAGACAAGAGUCCAUGUAUACAAUGACUGGUCUCUAUUCAGAAACCAUCCCAGAAACGACAGAAAUCGCUGAAACAAAAUGUUCAACGAACUUUUGUCAUGACACAGUUAUCAAAUGCCACAGUAGAAAUCCUUCAGCUAGUUUUGAUAGAGAUAAAGCUGCACAUACCGCGACCUACACUGAAACACCUGUGAUAUUAAAAAAUACAAAAGAAUGCGGCAUUUUCCAAUGCCGGCCUUCGUUUUUACAAAAAUAUGCGGGAAUUAAGUUCUUCGUCUUACUUUUGUCAUUCCUCGUUACCUUACAACAAGCGUUAAGUUCUGGUUAUAUAAAUUCUGUGAUAACAACAAUCGAAAAACGUUUUGAGAUACCAUCGAGUCUAUCGGGUCUGGUGGCAUCAUCGUACGAGAUAGGCAAUGUAAUCACUGUUAUAUUCGUAAGUUAUUUGGGCAGCCGGAGACACAUUCCAGUAUGGAUAGGUGUUGGAGCUGUUAUUAUGGGUAUAGGAUCUUUAAUUUUCAUGGUGCCACAUUUCAUAGCUGAGGAAAACAGUGGAAUAACAGUUAUGAAUACAACUGAAGAAAAUAUGUGCAGAAUCAUCUCCCUACAUGAACAAGAUAUGGGCUUAGGGAGGUUAUCUUCGGGUCUGUCCUCACCUCCUUUAGCACCAAAUAAUAUCAGGGGUGAUAAUUGUAUUCAGGGUACACCUUCAACUACAGGACCAGUAUUGUUGUUUGUUCUUGCACAAUUAUUAUUAGGUUGCGGAGGAUCCCCACUUUUCACCCUCGGUACUACUUACAUAGAUGACCACGUUAGACCAGAAAGUUCAUCAAUUUAUAUAGGUUGUAUGUAUAGUAUGGCAGCUUUCGGUCCAGUUCUUGGAUUUCUACUCGGUGCCUAUUUAUUAUCAUUUCAUAUGGAUUCAUUUACCCACAUUAUAUCAAUAGAUCCUGGUGACAGCAGAUGGGUUGGAAUGUGGUGGGGUGGUUUUCUGCUGUGUGGAUUACUACUAAUUAUAGUUUCUAUUCCUUUUUUCUCCUUUCCUAAAGUACUUACUCAUGAAAAGGAGAAGAUAAAGCUUAUGGAAAAAGCUGCAGCCGCUAAUAACGCUGGCACUAGUUCUACCAACACAAAUAAUUCUGCUAAAAACAAUAAUGCAUCAACUAAGAACGACACGGGUUAUGGCAAAAAAGUUAAAGAUAUUCCAAAGUCAAUGUGGCGACUUGCAAGUAAUCCAGUUUACAUUGUAACUUGUUUAGGUGCCUGUAUGGAACUUGUAAUUGUUUCUGGAUUUGUUGUCUUUUUACCCAAGUAUUUAGAAACUCAAUUUAGUUUAGGAAAAAGUCAAGCUAGUGUUUUUACUGGAUCUAUUGCAAUUCCCGGUGCCUGCAUAGGAAUAUUUAUGGGUGGAGUGAUUCUUAAAAAAAUGGAACUCCGACCCAAGGGGGCUGUACAAUUCGUUUUAAUAUCAAAUGCAGUUUGUCUCCUGUGUUAUGGAUUGUUAUUCUUCUUGGGGUGUGAUAAUUUAAAAAUGGCCGGUACUACCAUACCAUACUUCAACAGUACACAACCAUUUCAAGUCAAUUUAACUUCUUCAUGUAACUUUGGUUGUGAAUGCAGCAUUAAUGAUGUAGAACCUGUAUGUGGAAAUAAUGGAUUAACUUAUUUUAGCCCGUGUCAUGCUGGUUGUACUUCCAUAUUAAGUACAAACUAUACCAAUUGUGCCUGUAUACAUGGAAAUAUGACAAUUAAAGAUGGUGUAACUUCGUCCAUAAGUAUCACUUCACAGUUAGAAAGUGAAUAUGCAGAAGUUACCGUUGUGCCUGUUGCAACUGCAGGUCCAUGCAAUUCCUCUUGUCAUACAAUAUAUCCAUUUUUGAUAUUAUUAUUCUUUAUGACAUUUAUAGUGGCUGUCACACAAAUGCCUCUACUCAUGAUAGUUUUAAGGUCAGUCAAUGAAGAAGAGCGAUCUUUCGCUCUAGGAAUGCAAUUUGUGAUAUUCAGAUUAUUUGGAUAUAUUCCAGCACCUAUUUUAUUUGGAAAUUUAAUAGACUCGACCUGUCUAUUGUGGAAAAGCACAUGUGGUGAAAAAGGAGGCCGAUGUUUAUUAUAUGAUAUAGAGCAAUUUCGAUAUAGAUAUGUAGGAUUAUGUGCUGGUAUAAAGACUCUAGCUCUUGGAAUAUUUCUAGUUGAUUGGUGGUUAGUUCGACAUCGUAAACAAUUAGAUGAGGAUAAAGCUAUCACCGCUAACGAAAUUGUCGGUUCUAUUAUUAGUCUAGAUAAAUUAUUUGAAGAAAAACAUGAAAGCGGACGUCAUACAAGGAACCCAAGUUCUGCUAGUGCCUAUGAAGUUCCCCGAUCUCCAAAGCCCACACCUGAGCGUCAGGAAGCUAAUAAAGAACAUGAAUCAGAUGAUUGUACAAAACAAACACUACCAGAAAAGCAGGAAGAUGCCACACUGGAACAAGAUUCUACAGCCGAAAAUGGAAGUCUGAAACGGCGCCACCUGUAGACUUAACAGCACCACUUAAAGUUUCAUAUUAACGUAUUUUCUUAUUUUGACACUCUGAUAGUAAUUAAGUAAUGGGAUUAGUCUUUUAAACAAGAAAUGGCGCAUCUGCAUUUUUAUGUUUUAUUUUAUACCUCAAAUAAUUAUUUUCUUGCUUUGUUUAUUCAUUAAUAUUUUUGCUACUAAAAAAUCUUGAACCCAAACUCGAGAAACAUUGAGACAUAGUCAGUUUUUGAGUUUAAAUAUAAUAUAUAUAUAUUAUAUAUAUAUAUAUAUAUAUAUAUAUAUAUAUAUAUAUAUAUAUAUAUAUAUAUAUAUAUAUAUAUAUACCACUUUUUUGCUUAAGCACUUAGCUUAAUAAAAAAUUAAGUGCUAUAUUUUAAACAGGAUGAAUCAUAUUUGCCAGUUUCUAACAGCUAAUAUUUUUAACAUUUUGCAAUUUUGACUCACAUGAUUUUCUCUAUCAUAAACAGGAGUAAAAUUCUAGAACAACUACUUUUUUGAUAAUAAAAAGUCUGUGUACUGUGCUACAAAGUUCCAAACUAAAAUUCUGAUUUAUUUUGGCAUCAAUGAUAUUUCGACAUUAAUGUGAUUUCUUUAGCAAUCUACUAACUCUUACAAGUGAAAAUUAAUUGGUUCUAUGGAAUAUGAAACUCAAAUAUGCCAUCCCUUCUUAUUAUUCUAAGAAUUUAGUGUUCACAUGGUAUAUUUUUUAACUGGAUAAAAAUCCACCAUCAAUGAAGUUUGAUAUUAACACAGUUUUUGUACAGAGAUACAACUCACAGAAAAUUGAAGUUUUCUCCUUUUCUUUUAUUUUAACUGCAAAAAGCCUAUUCACCAUUGCACUACAUUAAAUGACACUGGCAACUGAAUUCGAAUUUUUCGAAUCGUUAGAGAUAUUUGUAUCAAUACAUCAACAUUUACUUUUUACAUUUUCGGGUCCUUUGAACCUGAUACGAACCAACGAUUUAUGGAAGCCUCGAAGGACCAGACAGUAUUAUAGUAACUGUUGGUGUACUGGCACUGAAGAGUAUGUUCUGACACUGCUAAUAUUUCUUCCGCUAUUUGAAAGUUUAUUUUUCCCUUCAAAUUAGUUAGGUGAAUGCGCUUCAUAUUGUUGAUGGUUGUGCCAAUUGUGUAAUUUAUCAUUUUCAGUAGGUGAAAAGAAAACUAAUAAUUCCAAUAAUUGUGGAAAAACAAAAAAAAAUCGGGUUGGGAUGCUUUGGAUUGUCAUGGCUUGUGUAAGAUGCGUGAUGAUGAUGAUUAUUUGGGGGUUGCUUUGUUGUUAGAACAAUUUUGAGAUUGUCAAGUUUUAGUUAAUCAGUAUACAGAAUAAAUAUUUAUUUUUUCUGUGGAAACAACACUUUUUAUACAUCAAGAUAUUCCAAAAACUACUAGUUGUACUAACAAAAGGUUAUUUCUUUUUAAAUAACGUAUUGCAUAUACUUUUACUUUUGACAUUUUAUUGUUUUUAGCAUAGAAAUUUAAUUUUAAUUUUUGAAAUGGUAUGUUCCAUUUGUCUAAUUUGGCUACAUUUACUUUAAUUUUAAAAAGUUAGAGAUAUUUGUUUGAUGAGGGAUUGUGUAAUAAAUGAACCAUGCAAACGUUUACAAGGGUGCCACCUAGUAUGAAGGACUAAUCUAUCAAGUAUUUCAUUUAUUUAAAAUAGUGAACUAGGUUAUUUUAACUUAACUUUAAAUGGACUUAAUUAUAAUUUGAAAGUGAUAUUUGUAAUAAGAUAUUGUUUUAUGUUUUAUUUUUUUCUAAUUUUUUAGGUGUAAUAGUUAUAAAGUUAUUUGUUCUACUUCUAAACAGUGGUAAUAUUUCUUCUUAUAGAUUAGGUUCAUCAUUAUGCUGGAGCGAUAUUUUUUUGUUUUUGAGGCUGAAGGGAUCACAUAAUGUCAAUUUAUUAGGCUACGGUAUUAAUAAAUGCCUUAAAAGUUAUGCAUGUUAUAAAAUAUUAUAUUUUUAAAUAAAAAGUAAACCGUUACAUACAUAUCAAUUUAUUAAUUAUACAAUACAAAUAUAAAAUGUGCACUAUUUAUUAAUUUCAAUGCUUUUUAAAUGAAAUUUAGUGUUUAUCGAUCCCUUCAGUCUGAAAUCAAGCAAGCCACACUAGCUCUUAGUGAAACGGAAUCAAAAACUUAAUCUUAGAUCUUUUAGCCGAAUUACAAUUACAGUUAGCCGAACUAGAUUCUGUCUUUUAAGGUUCUGAUAUUUAAAAAUACUCAUUUUGUUAAAUUUUCUACUUUUUUUAUAUGAUUUUUUCUUAUUUUCAAGACUGUUAUUUUUAUCACUUAGAUAUUUGUAUAACCUAGGGACUAGAUAUAUUUUUCAGAUCGCACCUGAUUAUUUUUUCAUUUUAUCAAACUACACUGCGAUAAACAAUAUUUUUUGUAUCAAAUCGUUUAUUUGCUUGGAAAUAAAUAUUAUAACAAAAUUCGAAAAUACAGAUUUUUCCUAAUUUCAUUGACCAUAUUAUAAUUUUUAUAUGUUCAAAGUUUAUUUAAUUUCAUAAAUUUAAAUUAACUACCCGUGUUUUCAUACAUUUAUUUCACAACUUUUUGGUUAAAUUUGCAUUUGAUUAUUAAUAUUGAAUACGGUAAAAAUGUAUAGCAAUUAACUUAGUUGCAAAUAUAUUGUUUAAUGAAGGUUUCUUAAUGUAUUAACUUCAGCUUCUUCUUUUGUUUCUAACUGAAUAAAAUCUUAUUGUUUUAUAUUAAUUUCCAUUAAAGGUUUUUCUCUA